UAACUGCUUAGCAAUAGCUCAAGUAUUAUGGACAGGGAGUAAUCUUUCGAAAUUUUGAAUUUUUAUGAAAUAUUCUUGUUUGAUUACUCUGGUUGAUUGUUUGUUGUGGUGGGUUUUCAGUUGAGUACAGUAUGUAUGAUUGCUGCAUCAGUUUGCUAGAUUUUCAUUCUUAUUGUUCUGUAAUUUGACUGUGGUUGAUAACUUGAUUCUUGUGAUGUCAGAAGUUGUUAUGGUUACUGACUUGCUAUGGCUAGAUUCUUUUGAACAUUCUUGUUAUGGUUACCUUAGGUUUUCUGUGUAGAUUCGAAAAUUGUGUUUCUUUGUUUGGUCCAACUGCAGAGAUGGACAAUGUUGGUAGUCCGAGUUUGUUUCCGCUGCACCGCUGCAAAACCAUUCACCUGGACACUCGAGGUUGUCUUCUCUCAUCGAAGGCUUUGUGGUCUUGUUAAACCAUAUAUUUAGGUGAGGCAUGCUCAAGGGAUCCACAAUGUAGAAGGAGAUAAGAACUACAAAGCAUAUAUGUCCCCUGAAUAUUUUGACGCACACCUUACUCCGUUGGGCUGGCAACAGGUUGACAACUUGCGGAAACAUGUUCACUCAAGUGGGCUUAUCAAGAAAAUUGAUGUGGUCAUUACAUCUCCCUUGCUAAGGACCAUCCAGACAGCUGUUGGGGUAUUUGGAGGUGAAGGCUAUACAGAUAGGAUGGAUGUUUUGCCACUAAUGGUGGCAAAUGCUGGAAACAGCAGCCGUGCUGCAAUUUCAAGUCUUGAUUGCCCACCUAUUCUUGCAGUUGAACUUUGUCGAGAACAUUUGGGUGUUCAUCCUUGUGACAAGAGGAGAAGCAUUAGUGAAUAUCAAUGCCUUUUUCCUGCAGUUGAUUUUUCAUUGAUUGAGAGCGAUGAUGAUAGUUUAUGGAAGGCUGAUGUCAGAGAGACCAAGGAGGAAGUUGCAGCUAGGGGAAUGAACUUCAUGAACUGGUUAUUCACACGGAAAGAGAAGGAGAUAGCAAUAGUUACACACAGUGGGUUCUUGUUCCAUACGCUGGGUGCAUUUGGCAACGACUGUCACCCUCUUGUUAAGAAGGAGAUUUCUAGUCAUUUUGCUAACUGUGAGCUUCGUUCUAUGGUGAUCGUUGACAGAAGCAUGGUGGGUUCUGAUUCUUCAUGGACCAAUUAUCCUGGAAAGAUCCCAUCUGGCAUCGAUCUGCCUAGUGAUGGUGUUGAUGAAAAGAAUCAAGAGAAGGAUACACCCAACUCUUUGCAGAAGUAAACAAUGUCCCACUGUUCGAUUAGAGGCAAACCAGUUAAUGAGGAUAUGGCCAACCAAUUGCAAAAGCCAUUUCAAGAUGUGUUUCUAUAAGCUGUGGGCUGUAACUGUGUUGUUAUCAAUGGUCUGUUCUAUCCAUUUGGUUGAUACCAAUUAAAAGGGUUACGGGGCUGAGGAAGCAUUGUGCCAGAAUGCCUGUAACAUUACAUUAUUUGCGUAGUUGUCAUGCCUUUGAUAUUGUCUUCCCUGAAUCUUCAUUACCAUGGAAUACAUCAGACUUGAUUACCCUAUAUUUUC